AUGCACUCUAGUUUCGAAUUUUCUUCCUACACGACGAAACCUAAUGAACGGCCUUUUGCCAUUGCAUAUCCUGCGACCACUGAAGAAGUUUCGAAGAUCAUGAAGGUGUUCCACGAACGAAAGAUCCCCGGGUCAGCGCGCCCAGGCGGUACCAGUCUCGAAGGCCGCUUUGCACCCACACGAGGAAUAUGUAUAGAUAUGGCACGAAUGGAUAAGAUCUUGGAAUUCCGGCCGCAAGGAUUUGAUAUUGUCGUACUAUCUGUUCUGGGCUGGGAAGACCUUGAUGAAGGGGCCAAAGGAUAUGGCAUGUUUUUUCCACCAGAUCCAGGCCCGGGGGCGAAGAUUGGGGCAGUGGUUGGCACAGGCUGCUCGGGCGUAAAUGCUUACCGAUAUGGUACUAUGCGCGAUUGGGUCGUUACUCUCACAGUCGUUUCCGCCAAUACCCCUCUCAAGAAGCGAGAAUCCGCAAUCAUCAAAGUCCGAGUGUAUGCGAUGGGAAGGUCCAUGAAGGACGAGAUGUUGACUGUCCCUUUCUGGCAAGAGGCUCGGUCUGGAUCCUGGACAGCCACGAGAUGA